AUGUCCUCGAAAGCAGAAGACUUACUGGGAGAGUCGGGAGGAGAAGGUGAAGGAGCAGGAGCGGGGCUUGAUGAAGUGAUAUCUUCUACCAGCAGGACACUAACAGAAGGUGCCCCUACCACUGGACUCAAUUCAGCUACGAAUAUACCAUCCGGUCAUAGAAUGGACACACUCAAUCAAGUGGAAUCUACCAAAGAAAUCACACCAACUACUUCCAGCUCGCUUGCGAGAACCGAAAGUUCAAGAACCAGCAUUACAAGUGCUAUUGAUGAUGAAUUCUUGACUACAACAAGUACUGAACCGGAAUCAAUGAGUGAUAGGAAGAAGUUCACCUCGUCAACUUCCGAUGUUGAAGCGAUUGAGACUACCUCUGAUAAAUUGAUGCCUUCUACCACCUCACGAAACAUACUUUCCCCGACUACGACUUCAUCGAGCGGCAAGAUACCUACCACUACAUCCAGAUCCAUCUUAAACACGGGCAGCUCAGCACUCAGUCUGUUAAUAUCCUCAACUACUUCGUCGAGUCCGACCACGUUUUCAUCCUCAAUACCUAUGUUGACCGAGUCAUCAUCUAUCACUACUACAAGUCUCAGUUCAGCUAGCGAAGAGUCAACUUCGGAGGAACCCACAAGUGCCACAAGUGAUUCACCCCCCGUCAUUGUCACCAUCUCAGCGGGGAAAAACGUUACUUUGACUUCAUCGAUCUAUUCGACCCCAUCAGGAAGUAGUACGAGCAGUGUUAACGGGACUGCUCAAGCUGCAAAUGAAGAUAGCAAAGGAUCCAUCUUGAAUACGAAUAAUAAUCUGUUCCCCUUGGGUAUGGUCAUAGUGGUCGUAGGUGGGAUAUUCGGGUUAGUAGCGAUAUUAUGGAUCACAAUGAAAUGUCUCGGAAUCACCCAAAAACGAAACAGGUUAAGAGGAGCAAUACCAUCUUUCGUACCUCCUGAAAGGAUUGAUUUUCCAGAAUCAACAACGGAUGACAAGUUUGAUUUCACUCCAGCUAUCAAUCAUCAUCACGAACAACGAAACCACCAACAUCAACGUAAAGAUAGUGGUGGUGGUGUAAACUAUUGGGAUGACCAUUUUAUUGAUCAAGAUCCUAGAUCAAUCACUAUCACACCUACACAGAUGGAAAGUGCUGGAAUUGCAGGUAGAGGUGUAGGUGUUGGUCGUGGCUAUCCAUUCGAUCAAAUGCCCCCACCACUAGCCCCACAUUAUCAACAACAACAUCAACUAGAUGCGUAUAUACCCGAUAUACCUCCUGUGGGAAAGGAUCAAUUAGCAGGUCCAAACGAUGCUGUCUUCUACCCUAUGCAGGAUUCACACCCAUACCAAUCCUCAGUCAAUCAACCUCAAAGAUACGACUCACAAGCUGCCCAAAGAUCUCAAGGUGCCUUACAAAGGAACGACAGUUUGACGAUGGAUGGGAUCUAUGACGGUGUGGAAAGAAGUGGCAGUCUCACUGGGAAUGACGGGAAAUUCAGUCAAAAGAAUAACAAAGAUUGUAAUGGUGGUUAUGUCUGA